AUGUCAAAGCACAGCUUCAUGGACACCAUCCUUAACCGGCCCUCCCAGAGGUAUACCGAGCCGGUCAACACAAAGCCGUCCAGAAGAGCCCGUCAGCAGGCACCUUCCGAUCUGCCCAAUGCUCCUAACAGGCCUGACUCGAUCCUCGCCGGCAAUAUGUUCAAGAGCGCAGGCACCGGAUCACUCCAACUCAACGGCGGCAGCUACAGUCAGGCACCUUCCGUCAGGUCUGGCAGGAGCAACACCAGCCGUUUCAGCCUCUUUGGUAGCAAGAAGAAGACAGCGCCCUCGGCCUCCGGCAGUGUCUACUACGACGGUGCCAGCAGCAUCGCUCCCACGGACAUCAGCACAAGCGAAAGGAAAGGCCGAUGGUGGGAGAGCGGCGGUCUCACCCGCAAGAACUACUCUCGACCUCCCAGCGUCGCAGGCAGCAUCUUUUCUGAGCCCGAGACAAGCGGUCCUCCUGGAUUCCCGCACGCCUCCGACUCUCUUCAAAGUAGGGCUCCUCCUCGCGGCGCACGAAGCGACUACGGCGGAUCUUCCUCCAAGCGACGCUACUCUUCACAGCCUUCUAUGCCGCCAAUGCCAUCACUCGGCCAAAAAGGAUCUACGUCUUCCAUGAGGCUAGGCUCCGGCGUGGCCCCUCUAGGACAACAGCAGCCCAAUCUCAUGCGCCAGGCUUCGACAACUUCUCUUGCCAAAGGCUCGAAUGCCGAUCCUUCCCGCCCAAUCAGUCCUCCUGCUUCCAUGGGUCGCACACGCAGUCAGAGUCGAACCGCCGCCAACGGCACCUCCGACUGGAAUUCGUUCGUCAAGUCCAUGUCGGGUACCGAGGUGGCCCAGAUGUGGGAGUCGAUGCCCACCUUGGCUCCCAAGCCGUCUCGUACCUCAGAAAAGCGCAGCAGCAUGGUCGCCAGCCGCGUCAGGAAGGAGCUCGAGCAGGACGCCCAAUUCCAGCAGGUCCAACGCGAUCCUGGUGUCGUGCAGCAAGACCUCUUGGCGAGGGCUGCAUCUCAAGUCAUCGGCUCGAUGCCUCCAACGCCCGUAUCCCCGCACUCCGAGCUGCAACACGCUCCGCCCCUUCAGCUGCAGCCAGGGCAGGUCGUCGCACCCAUCUCGCCCGUCUACUCACCGGUCGCAUCAUCAUCUUCGGUCAACGUGGCACAAAUUCCCCCGUCCAUGUCUCUGCAAGCCUCUGCCGUGAUGAUGAACGGCACCAGUGCGCCUGUGCCCGUCGUCGUGCCUCACGCCAUGGCGUCUGUUCCAAUCCUGCAUGCCCCACAGCCUCAGCAACAUUACAAGCAGCAGCAGCAGAUGCUAUCGCACACGGUGCCUCAGCAGUAUGUGCAGCCACAACAGCACAUCCAGGCACAGCAGUAUGUCGACCCACAGCAAUACGUCCAAGCCGUGCCGGCACCAGUCCUGCAGCAGGGAAGCGGAGCUGUGCCUGCUGCGAUGCCGCAACAGAUGAUUCCGACUCAAGAGCAAAGGCAAGCGCCGGUAGCGUUGCCAGCUUCGCCCACAGCCGUCCCAGCUUAUCCAGGCCAGACGUCUGCUCCUGUGACAGUGGUGCCAGCUCCUCGCUCGAUUCCUCAGCCGCAACCCGCGCCCAUGCAACCCUCUACGGCGGUGGCACCCGAGCCGGCAAGAGCUGCCCCCCAACCCACGGCCGCACCCGCUUCCGCCACCAGCUCAACCACUGUCCCCCAACCGACCACCGCCCAGUACCUUGCGAACCGCAUCGAGGAGGAAGAGUCCGCAGACGAAGAGUCAGAGGUGUCGUCAGAAGAGUCGGAAGACUCUGACGAGACGUCCUCAGACGAAGGCCUGGUCGGUGGCGGUCAGACGACACUCGACGUGGUGGCAGAGGAGGAUGAGGAGGCAUCCAGCGUCGGUCACGCUUACCACCAGGAGAUGCGCUCGCACAAGUCUGUCAAGGGCAAGGGGCCUAGCCGCAACUAUGAAGAGAUUGCAGCUCGCCUGCACCUCCGACAAGGUUCAUCUCAAAGUCAAGCCGAUGACUCCAGGGAGGAGGGGCUGCCAACCGCUCCUUCCGGCGUCUCUAUCCAGGUCACGGAACCUACAGAUGCUCAGACUGCGGUCGUCCAGCCAGCUCUCGCGCAAGCAGUGGCCGCACCGCUCCUUGUGCCCGGCGACAGGCCACCCCUCGUUGCCCGUCGAUCAGAAGGUAGCGACUAUGCGUCUGCUACCAGCGGGCGGAGCACGCCUACAGCCAAGGAGCAAGGCGACGCCGAGGAUGCGGAAGACGAAGCUGCUGUCGUGGCCUCGAUCGCGCAUGCGCACAUCGACACUCAAGCCGCGGAGGGCGAUGCUUCGUACGAUACGACUUCCACCGCUCAAUCGCAACGCGUCAGCACCCGCACUGCUCCUUCGUCCAAGCCAGCGACAGCACCACGACGUCUCAGCGAGGUCAGCCUCGGCACUUCGUUCGCUGCCAGCGGCAUUCUUGGCGGACAGGAAUCAUCUAAAGAUUCGGACUUGGGAGUGGAACGCUCGGUUGACGACGCUGAUCUCAGGUCCAAAUCUCUGGCCGAGCAAGAUCGACUUCGCAAGAUGAACGUCGGUGAAGACUUCUUCGGCCCUUCGUUCUCCAACAUGAUCGACCAAUUCGAUCGCGUCAACUACUCGGACUCGACCCUCAACAGGAUGAGGCGCGAGCAAGCGGAGACCUCGGCUACACCGCAAGCUGAUAUGCCUGCAACGGUGAGCAACGGCGUUGUCGCGGACCCAGCAGCCACGGAGAGCAACCGUGUCGAAGCAGACGCACAGCAGGCUAUCAACGAGGUGCGUCAAAAGCGCGCCGAUGGGGAGAACGAGAUGCAGAACAGCACCGAUACCACGGGUAUUGCUCCCAGCUUUGCUGCCGCUUGGCUCAACAACCAGGCGCAGGGCUCGCAAGACUCGACACCUGCUCGCAGCGGACUUUCCGAUCUUGCAGGCAACAAGACUAGUCCAGAACCUCAGCUAAGCGCGGACGCUACAAAGGUGGCCGCAUCGACAGAGCCAAAGGUCUCCGUCCUGGAUCGUCCACGACCGAAGACAAAGAAGGUAACCGAGAUGGGCGGUGUCGAGAUUGCCGAGGGCAAACUCGCAGCAGACAGGCCGCAAGAGUCCAUUUCGCCUACUCAAUCGACACCCGCCUCGCCUCGAAGCGUCCCGUCGACACCCACGAAGGGCACUGCGGUCUUUGGCAGCAAGGACAAUGCCUCUCCCGUCAAGCCGGCUGCCAAGCAGAAUCAGCCUCGAUCGCUGGCAGAUACCCUCUUCGGGGCGUUCCGCUCUCCAAGCAAGGACAAGAAGGAGAAGAAGGAGAAGAAGAGCAAGAAGGACAAGAAAGACAAGAAAGAUGCGAGCAAGCACAGUCGCACCGUGUCAGUCGACUCGGUGGGUUCCGCAUCCACGAGAAGCAACGGAUCCUCAAUGAAGUCCUCUCCGGCACCGCCGCUCGCCAACGUUAGCGGCAAGCAGGCGGACGGAACCAGCAACGGCGGUCCGACACCGAUCGCGGCGGCACAGCAGCCCAACGGUGUGGUGCCCUCAGUACCACCGGCUAAUAAUGCCGCCCCACUCCAGAGCGUGGCCAGCCAUCAGAGCGUCGCUGGCAACGCGGCCCCUGAUGCGAAGGACGCUGUCAUUCCUGUCUAUCCCACGGACACGAGGUAUUCGCCAACGUUGCCGAACGGCGAUAUCGAGAAGUCCCAGAUGGCGGCGAGUCAGGUUCCCGCUGCUCCCGCCCCACUACUUGCUCCUGCUCCCGCAGCGAGCAGCGGUCAGAACGUAGCGAGCGCUGACCACAGUGCGCCGCCCACUUCGUCCGAGGCUAGUCUCGCCAGUACAGCGCUCACAUCGCCCGAGGCAGAAUCAAUGCCUAGGGCUUUGGACGCAGACAGAGCCGCUCCUUCGGCUACGGAAACGCCCCAGAAGAAGCUUGUGAUGCCUCCUCCGCCGGCCUUGGAGGAAGUCAUGGCGCCUGCUCAGGAAGAUCGAACUCCCAACGGCAAGCCCACUGCGGUGGCUGCGUUGGGCAUCAACCUGAUCCCCCCGACGCCCCCCGCGCUCGAGUCUCGCGAUUCCUUCACUUCGUCACAGGUGCCCGGCACCUCAAGGAUCGACGAAUACGACGAAGACGCCGUUCCUCAACGUCCCAGUCUCAUGUCGCGAUCUUCAAGCCAGCGCACCGCGGUCCAAUCGGACUCCAAGGUAAACGGCACCAGCGAAGGGGUCACACGAUCCAAGUCGAUGGCGCCGGUCAAGAAGGGAAUCUGGCAAGAGUACAAGGGCAAGGGUCUCAGCCUACCACCUGGCCUUGUCGCGACCACCAUCGACUCGUCCGUGCUACGUCGCAUGUCUGCUCAAGACAAGAAGCUUCCUUCGCAGCCUGUGGCAACAGCAGCGGCCGGAACAAGUUCUGUCAACGGCAAUGGCGCAGCGGCUUCUGCUCUGGCCGCGACCCCUGUCGUCGGUCAAUUUGUUCCCACCGCUCCUGGUUCGGUGCUCGAGUCGCCACCGCGACCUCCUCGCUCGACGCCGUCGCCGAGUCCCAAGUCGAAACGCUCGAGUGGCUCGCUGAGUCCCCUACCUCCCACGUCUCCCGCGAUGGCUAGGAUCAUGGCAGACGCUCCUCCUGUGCCGCAAAUUCCGGUCGGCUACCAGGCCGGCAGCACUGUCUCGGGCUCGCCGUCUCGUCUUUACGCUCAUAGCGCGGCGUCGUCCGAGCCUGACUGGGAUAGUCGACCUGUCUCUCCUGCACCCAGCGCUGUGCCAAGUCAAUCAGGUCGUUCGGUCGGCUCACACGUGUCGUCGAGCGUCCACUCGACUUCGUACCGCAACAGCCCGCGAGCCGAGUACUCGUACGUCAACCAUCACGAGCUGUCGCCGUAUGCCAAGAAGAUGCGAGCGCUGUCGCCUAGUCCGGCCCUGCCGACUCUGUCUCAGACAGGCAACCGCCAUUCGCUCAUGUCGGCGAUCAACGAGUGGGAAAGCCAGAUGCCGGAGCGGGAGGAAGUGGUGACGGGUCUCUCGCCGUACCCUUCGCGUCCUGUCUCGCCUUCGCACUCGGCCUCGCCGUAUCCUGCGCUUCCCGCGUCGACCGUGUCGCGAACCAGCUCGGUCAUCAGCUCGAUCAGCUCUCCUGCGGUGGUUCGCAAUGCGCCUCUGGGAGCUUCGACCAACCAGUAUCUCCAUCCGCCGGUGGCUCGCUCUCUCAUGUCCCACGAUGGACUAUCGGCGGUCAGCGAGUCGGCGCUUGAAUCGCUCAACCCGCCGUCGGUAGUCGGAGGUCGAUCUGGCGCUUCGUCCGCUGAGAGCUCUUCCCCCUCGGCCUCACAAUCUGCGCUGAGCCUUUCGAGCACCAUCCCCACCUCGAUGCCCACCGUCCCAACCAGCUACCGACCCAACAAGGAUCCCAAGCGAUUCACCACCAACGCUGACGACCUCCUCAACAACCGCACCACAAUGCAGACGGUGGCCGUCACAAGCGGUGCCUUUGCUAGCAGGAGCAAAUCGAUCAAGCGCAAGAAGAGCAGCGACACCACCUCGUCGGACAUCCCCGCUCACCUGCAAGACGAAUUGUCGUUGACGACGCUCUCGCUCACCGCACACACGCCGCCACCGCGCAAGAUCGGCUCGCACCAGGUGCUGGUCCAGGUGAUUGCCGUGGCGAUCGACGAGACGGACAAGCUGCUGUUGCGCGAGAAGGUGCGUGCCGACAACGCGUUCGGUUACGUCCCCGGUCGAAGCUUCUGCGGUCGCAUCGUGGAAUGCGGGUAUGAGGUCAAGAAGAUGCGCAAAGGCGAUAUCGUCUUUGGUCUGCAGGACAGUCGCAAGUCGGGCGCGCUGGCCGAGUUCAUGGUGAUCGAUCAUAAUCGGAUCUGUCAUGCACCAAGCGACUGUUUGACGACGGAACAGAUUGCUGCGCUGCCAAGUGCGGGUGUGAUGGCUCACCAGUUGAUUCAGAACCAUUGCUCUCAGUUGCAGAGGGGAGCGAGGGUUCUGAUUCUUAAUGCGCAUGAUGGGGUAGGGUUGUUGACGUUGCAAGAGUCGGUCGGGUUGGGACUGGUCAUUGUUGCGCAGUGUCCUCCGAGUGUUUCGGACGGUGUGGCGGUGUGUCAGGCGAACGGAGCACACGAGGUCGUCAUCGGUGAGCCACUGUGGGCCAUCAACUCGCUGCACGAGUCGAGCUUCGAUUUGAUCGUCGACACGGUCGGGGGAAGGAAGAUCUACGACGCCUCGCGCAGGAUCCUCGCAAGCGAAGGCCAGUUCUGCACAUGCUACGGCGACGAACAUGGGACGAACAACCCAAAUCUCAAGAGUCACUUCCGCAGCCUACGACGCGCGUUCUUCAAGAAGGACAAGAAGAAUCUAGGCUACGAGUGGGUCGGCGUGGACACGGGCGAGGACUGCAAGGAGGCGCUGGAGGCGGUGAAGAGAGCGGCGGAGAGGGGUGAUGUUUGUCCGAGAUUGCGGAGCGUACUGCCGUUCGCGGAUGCAGGAAGGGCGUUCGAUGCGGGCGUGAGGGUGGACGAGGAGCCCGGUGCGAUUGUUGUCAGAGUUUCGUAG